GUGCAUUCUAACACUGCAACGCAGCGGGCAGUGCGCGACGCCGUCAAAAGGCAGUUUCAGCACGGAGGCCGCGUGGAAUUUGAGGUCCGCCGCUGGGGAGUUCCGGACGGUGGCCGCGGCAUGCUGCAAUUUACGACGAACGGGCGCAGGGACCACCUGGUACCAAUGCUCGAUAUUGCAAAGGGAAUCCUGCAGGAGUUUCACGUUGUCCUCUUCAUGGAGGGAACUCUGGCGAAGCCGAAGACACGCUUGGGGCGACAGGUCAUCAAAGAGUUGGAUGGUCGAGACAUGGCAUUCAAGGCGGUUGAUUGCAGCGACGAGAAGGCGAACCCAGGCAUCCGAAACGUAACCGCGCAGCUCACAGGGGAGGAGGUGCUGCCGCAGCUUUUCAUUGAUGGGGUGCACGUCGCCGGCGGAAGGGCAAUUCUUCAGGCGCUGCAGCAUGUCUCCACGACAGCGACGCCUGAUCUCGUCCAGGAUGAAGAGAAAUGCCUUGAACGAUUUGCUGUUGAAAAGUUUGCCUUCUUGGGUCCUGUUGUAAAGCCGACUGUGCGCAUCGAUUUUGUGGGCCAGCAGCAGCGCGGGCUACAUGCUUCCGCCCGCAGGAGACCUGUCUGCCUGCGGGCUUCAGAAACUUUGGCUGAGACGGAGGUCCAGGACAAGUUGUUGAGUGAUGCCUGGGAGCAUGCGCUGCUCAAUCGAGAAGGGUCAGUCUUCACCGAACCAGAGCUUUUUGCAGAGAUCCUGGGCUCGCUGAAUGAGCCAGGCGAGAAGCAGGGCCCGGUGUACUUCGAGCGCGUCACAAGGGCAUCCAGCCAGAGCCAGGACAUCGUGCUCUACGUGCCUGGUAUCGACUUCUCCGGCGGGUUUGCGGCUCCUCAGUUUCGUCCUCUAGCUGAAGCGGGCCACGAGUUGUGGCGCUGUUGGGUGGCUGCUGACAACCGAACGCCAUUUGUCGAGAUGGUGGAUCGCUUGGAGGCUUGGGUGCGAAGCCAGCAAGAGUCCGGACGGCAGGUGGUACUCUUUGGUGAGUCUUUCGGUGGUCUGCUCUCCCUGGCCGUCGCACUGCGGAUGGGCGGUGAAGCCUUGAAAGGCCUCGUCCUCGUGAAUCCAGCCACGUCUUUCGACCGAACAAUUUGGCCGCUUCUAGGGCGUGCCUUGACGGCCUUGCCGAAUGCUCCAGACGACCUCCCUGCUUGGAGCCCGCACCAGGACAUCCAAGACCUCUUCCAGGAUCUGCAAAGCCGUGCGACAUUGUCACCAUACCCAUAUGUGGCCGGUUCCGCGCUCACCGGCACGGUGGCAGAUUCGACGCAGUUGGGCAGGCUGUUCUCAAAGAUCGCGCUGAAUCUUCUCAGCCCCAAGAAGGCCCAAGAUGGACCGAACUUGGAUCCAGAAGUCGAGAACUUCUUGCUGUAUCCGGAGAACCUGGCGCAGUUGCUGCCACCAGAAACUGUUCGUUUCCGGCUUCGUCAUUGGUUGCGCGACGGCUGCGAAAUUGUAAACAGUGAGCUCCGCAGACGGCGAGGCAGCUCUUUCGGAGGAGCCAAGCUUCCGCCGACUCUGCUGUUGGCUUCCGACAAUGACCGCUUGCUCAUCUCGGACAAGGAGGCAGAACGAUUGAGGGGUGUGUUGCGUGCGCGCUGCGGCGACAAACGCCUCCAAGUUGUGGAGCUGAAAGACUCCGGCCAUGCACCACUGGAUGGACGUGUAAACAUCGCAGAGCUUCUCAAGGACUCUCCAAUAUACAAGAAGCCAUCUUCACGCAACUAUGUUGAUGACUUCGAAUUCCCCACGCUCGAAAAGCUGGAGCAGGGCUCAAGAAACAUUGAGCCCAUAGCGGCCUUGGUGUCGCCAGUCUUCUGCAGCUGGGACGAAGAGGUGGGAACGCGGAGGUUCGGGCUUGAGGGAGUGCCCGACCCCAAAGCAUUGGGCCGCCCGGUUCUCCUGGUUGGUAAUCAUCAGCUCUUUGCACUCGACUUAGGCCCACUUGUUCGUGAGUUCCUCAUCGAGAAGGGCUACGCUGCGAGAGGUUUGGCGCACCCGAUCAACUUUCCCGAAGUUUUCAGCAGCUUGGUGUCAACAACUGUCACAACAGAUGACCCAGGUUUCUUGGACUCCACAGGUCUUCCCUUCGAGCUUCGUGCAGCUGCGAAAGCGGGCCAGAAAGCAGUGGAGGAGCUCACGGGGCAAGGCAAGAAAAAUCAGCCCAUGGGACCUUUCGGCAUGGGCGCGGGUGAGCAUGCCGACAUGGAGAGUGAUGGUGAGCUGGGUGUGGGCGAGAACUUCGGGGUCGGCGGCGCAUUUGCGAAGUGGGGCGCAGUUCCUGUGACGCCGCGAAACUUUGUGAGGCUGCUGCAGCGAAACGAGGCUGUCCUCCUAUUCCCUGGCGGCGCCCGGGAAGCAUGUCACGGUCCCACGGAGAAGUACCAGCUGUUCUGGCCCUCCCAGACUGACUUCGUGCGUGCUGCAGCCAGGUUCAAUGCGAUCAUCGUACCCUUCGGAGGAGUGGGAAGUGCGGACAAUGUGCGGGUGAGUGAGCGCAGCGAGGAGCAAGCCGAGCAGCUUAUCAGGACAAACAUUGCCAACACCUCCUUUCAGUUGCGUGCUUCGAUUUUUCAAUUUACCGAGCAACUUAUUAAUUUAUACGGGCCAUGCGUGGAAUUCCAUAUGACCUUGCGAAACCUGUUCACAGGCUAG